GAGAGAGAGAGAGAGAGAGAGAGAGAGGUUCUUUCAUGGCGACUUCGUCCUUCUCUCCUUUGUUAUCUCCGAUUUCAGUCCGGCCGUCUUCGUCUCUCACCUCAGUGAAAGGCAAGACGAACUCGGCUUCUUUGAACUCACAAAAUCCUUUUAUCUACAACCCCUUGUCCAUUUCUUCUUGUUCUUCGGAUCGAUCUCUCAAGAGAAAACUUUGUAGAGUCCAAGCAACAAUUUUGCAAGAUGAAGAAGAGAGGGUAGUUGUGGAGAAGUCUUUCCAACCAAGUAGCUUUCCUCAGAAUGAUGGGGAAGGAAACAAUGGGGAUACAUCGGAGAGUUCAUCCUCCAGUGCAUUGGAGAAAUGGGUCAUCAAGUUUGAACAAUCUGUAAAUAUUUUUCUGACGGAUUCAGUUAUAAAGAUACUUGAUACUCUGUACCAUGACCGGAAUUAUGCAAGGUUUUUUGUGCUGGAAACUAUCGCAAGAGUUCCUUAUUUUUCCUUUAUGUCUGUUCUACAUAUGUAUGAGAGUUUUGGUUGGUGGAGAAGAUCAGACUAUUUGAAAGUGCAUUUUGCUGAGAGCUGGAAUGAGAUGCACCAUCUUCUUAUCAUGGAGGAACUGGGAGGAAACUCGUUGUGGUUUGAUCGCUUCCUCGCACAACACAUUGCAAUCUUUUAUUACUUCAUGACAGUCUUAAUGUAUGCACUGAGCCCAAGAAUGGCAUAUCAUUUUUCUGAAUGUGUGGAGAGGCAUGCUUAUGAAACUUAUGACAAGUUUAUCAAGCUACAGGGAGAUGAGUUGAAAAAAUUGCCUGCCCCUGAGAUUGCUAUCAAAUAUUACACUGGUGGUGACUUGUAUUUAUUUGAUGAAUUUCAAACCUCCAGAGUUCCCCAUACUCGAAGACCAAAAAUAGAAAACCUGUAUGAUGUGUUUCUGAACAUAAGAGAUGAUGAAGCAGAACACUGCAAGACAAUGAAGGCAUGCCAGACUCAUGGGAACCUCCACUCACCUCACUCUUAUCUUGAGGACGAACAGGAAGAUGAUUUGGGUAGUGUUCUGCCUCAAGCAGAUUGUGAAGGUAUUGUAGAUUGUAUUAAAAAAUCUGUAACGCCUCCUCAAGGACAAGCAAAACAAAGAUAAAAGAGAAAUUAAUUAGAAUGGUAGCAAAGAUUUUUGUGUAGAUUGAUAUCGAUCGAUUACAUAAAUGUUGUUUGGUACAGGAUUCUCUUCCA